AUGGAAGCCCCGAUCGCACAGCAGCCCAACAAGAUGGCAUCGCCCUUGGCGAAUGAUCAGCUGCUUCUGCAAAAGCUGGCCAACAUCAACAAGUACACGCUGCGCCAGGGUAGCCCGCUUCUGGAAGCCGUUUCGUGCGGUGCGCUCGGUAACAUUUACGUCCUGGCGGAUGCCGAGCGAAAGGUGCAAGUCCAGGGCCGCAACGAGGAGGUUCCGAUCCCCGUGUUUGUGGUCAAGGAGGAGUCCAACUGCUGCCUGCGGCUGUGCUGUGGCGGUCACCAGGCUCUGGUGGCCCGCAUGUACCACGCCAACAUGCAGCCCAAGGCUGGCAAGGAAGUUUGCGGCAUCUACUCGGGCCAUGUCUACGAGGCCGAUCCCGAGUCGGGUGUGGCCAUGACCAUGGACCGUGAUGGUUGCUGCCACCCUCGCAAGUUUGGCCUGGGCUGCUUUGUUUGCUUUGCUUGCUGCCAAGACGAGAUGUUCAUGCACGCUGGUGGUCCCGACAUCAAGCCCGGUGACACGCGCGCUGAGGACACCACCUGGAUGUCGCGCUCCGCCGUGCCCAUUGGCGGUGGUGGCUUCCACCCCACCUUUGAGUUUACCACCCAAGACAACAAGGAGGAACCCUUUGCCUAUGCCUCGGGCCCUUGCUGCUUUGGCGGCUGGAUGGAGUUUUUCCGCGAGACGGUGUUCAAGUACACCACCAACAAGGACGAUGAAGAGGCCAACCUGGCCGAGUUGCGUAAGAAGACGCCCAAGUCCAUCGGCGAGCUCUGUGCUGCCUUGAUGACCCCGGUUGAUUACUACGAGAUUGACAUCAAGGAUGACUUCCGCAAGCUUUCCCCAGAACAACAGAUGACCAUUCUCGGCAACGGCAUUCACGUUGAUUACAUGCUUUUCGAGAACGACAAGGGUGCAUGCGGCCUGUCUACCGACUCUCAGGGCAAUCCCAAAUGUGACUGCGUAUGUACAACUCUGUCGUCCACGCCAAUCCAUGCUCGCCAGCGAAAUGCCGUGCCAUCUCAUCUGCCCGUGUGCCUGUUCCUGUUCCGGUGGUUCCUGCCCACGUCCUUGGCCUUGCAGACCCUCUGCCUCAUGUACUGUGCCGGCUGCGUCAUGCCCUGCACCAUCUCUUGCGUCUUCAAGAGCGAUGACAGCUAA